AUGAACAUCUUCAAUAGUAGACAAGUACAGUCUAUGUGCAUAAAUAGCUAUUUGGAUAUUUUUGGUGUACAGAAUCUAGGAAGUGAUCCACAAGGUCCACUAGAUCCACAAGGUCCACAAGGUCCACUAGAUCCUCUAGGUCCACUAGGUCCACAAGGUCCACUAGGUCCACUAGAUCCACAAGGUCCACUAGAUCGUUUAGGUCCACUAGGUCCACAAGGUCCACUAGGUCCAUUAGAUCCACUAGGUCCACUAGCUCCAUUAGAUCCACUAGCUCCAUUAGAUCCACUAGGUCCAUUAGAUCCACUAGGUCCACUAGCUCCAUUAGAUCCACUAGGUCCAUUAGAUCCACUAGCUCCAUUAGAUCCACUAGGUCCACUAAAUCCACAAGGUCCACAAGAUCCACAAGAUCCACUAGGUCCAUUAGAUACACUAGGCCCACUAGAUCCACAAGAUCCACUAGGUCCAUUAGAUACACUAGGCCCACUAGAUCCACAAGAUCCACUAGGUCCAUUAGAUCCACUAGGUCCAUUAGAUACACUAGGCCCACUAAAUCUACAAGGUCCACAAGAUCCACUAGGUCCAUUAGAUCCACUAGAUCCAUUAGAUACACUAGGCCCACUAGAUCCACAAGAUCCACUAGGUCCAUUAGAUACACUAGGCCCACUAGAUCCACAAGAUCCACUAGGUCCAUUAGAUCCACUAGGUCCACUAGAUCCACAAGAUCCACUAGGUCCAUUAGAUCCACUAGGUCCAUUAGAUACACUAGGCCCACUAGAUCCACAAGAUCCAUUAGAUACAUUUGGCCCACUAGAUCCACAAGAUCCACUAGGUCCAUUAGAUCCACUAGGUCCACUAGGUCCACAAGAUCCACUAGGUCCAUUAGAUACACUAGGCCCACUAGAUCCACAAGAUCCACUAGGUCCAUUAGAUCCACUAGGUCAACUAGCUCCAUUAGAUCCACUAGGUCCACUAAAUCCACAAGGUCCACAAGAUCCACAAGAUCCAUUACGUCCAUUAGAUACACUAGACCCACUAGAUCCACAAGAUCCACUAGGUCCAUUAGAUACACUAGGCCCACUAGAUCCACAAGAUCCACUAGGUCCAUUAGAUCCACUAGGUCCAUUAGAUACACUAGGCCCACUAAAUCCACAAGGUCCACAAGAUCCACUAGGUCCAUUAGAUCCACUAGCUCCAUUAGAUACACUAGGCCCACUAGAUCCACAAGAUCCACUAGGUCCAUUAGAUACACUAGGCCCACUAGAUCCACAAGAUCCACUAGGUCCAUUAGAUCCACUAGGUCCACUAGGUCCACAAGAUCCACUAGGUCCAUUAGAUACACUAGGCCCACUAGAUCCACAAGAUCCACUAGGUCCAUUAGAUACACUAGGUCCACUAGGUCCACAAGAUCCACUAGGUCCAUUAGAUACACUAGGUCCACAAGGUCCACUAGCUCCAUUAGAUCCACUAGGUCCACUAGCUCCAUUAGAUCCACUAGGUCAACUAGCUCCAUUAGAUCCACUAGGUCCACUAAAUCCACAAGGUCCACUAGAUCCAAAAGAUCCACUAGGUCCAUUAGAUACACUAGGCCCACUAGAUCCACAAGGUCCACUAGGUGCACAAGAUCCACUAGGUCCACUAGCUCCAUUAGAUCCACUAGGUCCACUAGCUCCAUUAGAUCCACUAGGUCCACUAGCUCCACAAUGUCCACUAGAUCCACAAGAUCCACUAGGUCCACUAGGUCCAUUAGAUCCACUAGGUCCACUAGGUCCACUAGGUCCAUUAGAUCCACUGGGUCCACUAGGUCCAUUAGAUCCACUAGGUCCAUUAGAUCCACUAGGUCCACUAGAUCCACUAGGUCCACUAGAUCCACUAGGUCCACUAGGUCCACUAGAUCCACAAGCUCCACAAGGUCCACUAGCUCCACAAGAUCCACUAGGUCCGCUAGGUUGUGCUAACGUAUCAAGCACGAGUGAGCCGACACGUCCAGCUAUUAGAUGA